UGAGGAUGACACGGAUGGAGAUCAACCGGGCCCGCCUUUAUUUUCUGACCCAAAUCUUCCUACGUAAUCUCUUCAUUUCUUUUUUAAAUUUACCUGUAGCUUUUGUGAUUUUUUCCUCGGAAUUCAAGAUGAAGUUGAGUUGUUCAGCUCGGCCAGUUCACGGAAGAUUCCGAAUUUCACACCAUCCUCUAUCAGCUGACUCCCUCGUAUAAAGAUCGCAUCGGAGACUUAUCAUUCUUCAUUCAGCUUCCAACCCCACUUUUCCAUUUUUACGGGAGGGGCAUGUCGAUGUUUACUUCCUGCGGGGUCCUUUCCCGUUGAAGUACUCCGCUUUUCUCCCUUCUCGCGAUCUGUUAUUCUUCGACUUUAAUCGACCCUGUUUAAGCAAACGAAGAAAAAAAAAAAAGACAAGAACAUUGAAGAGUGAGUUCUUUUGUUGCGGGCUGAGCAUUUUAGUUCAGUUGGUUCAUGUUUUGGGGGUCCAAAGAUACUGGCGAUUUGCAUCAAAAUUUGAUGUUAGGGUGGGGACUUUGAUAGGGUUUGGAGAGUAGAUGACCAUGGAUCCUUUGUUCUUUGAUUACUCGGCUUGUAUCGAUCUGGAUGAUCUUCCAAUAGACAGCCAUGUCUUUUCACAUAGUCCAGAUCAGAACCCAAGUCUCACAAAUGGUUUCUUUUUGGAUGACCCUAUUCUAGACCUUGAAUCCUCAGAUAGUGCUUUUCUUUCGAAUAAAGUAGACCCUGUAACCAAACUCCCUUCGAAAUCUGUCGACCUCGAUAAUGGAGAUUUAAUCUUUCCCUCGACAAUGGUGAGCCUAGAUGGAGGCUCAUUUGGUCCAUCCAUGAGCUCGAGUAGGGACCAGAGUCCAGAGGGAGAUUCUCUGUCCCCCUCGGGGGACAUCGACUCAUUGGAUCCCGUUCUAAAGUACAUAAGUCAGAUACUUAUGGAAGAGAACAUGGAGGAGCAACCGUGGGUAUUCGCCGAUGAGGUUGCUCUGCAAAAUGCUGAAAAAUCAUUGUACGAUGUCCUUGGUCAGCAGCAUUUGGAACAGUCUGAUCAGAGCCCCUCACAGGUUGAUUUAAGCCAUUAUAUAGAGAGCACAACUAGCAACCUUUCUGGAAGUAGCAGUGCUCCCAGAAGCCAUGAUGCUACAAACGUUACUUUCAGCUUCAGCGACUCAGCCAAUGCUAAUAUUCUGCAUACAAUCGGAGAUCAUAGCCAUGCUGUCGUGAAAAAUCCUGACCAAGACUUCCAGUCGAAUGUGGAUUCCAUUUCGCAGUUCUUGGCCAAUUCUUCAAACAGCAUCACCAAUCAUGAUGAUGGGUCUGAGGAAUCUUUGCAUGGGCUUCUUGUCAAGAGCAUUUUAAGCGAUGGAGAGUCUAUGAUUCAGUUUAAGAAAGGAUUAGAGGAGGCCAGCAAAUUCCUUCCUACCAACAAUCAAUUACGAAUUAAUCCAGAGGACAGCAAACCGUCAUCUGAAACAAAGAAAGGAACCACAAGAACGCGUAUCAAUGAGGAAAUCAACAUGAAGGGGUCAUCUAAUGGAUUCAAGGGAUUAAAGAAUCGCGAGAGGGACGAGGAUGCUUUUGAGGAAGGCAGGGCUAGUAAGCAAACAGCCUUGUACGCAGAAGAGGGUGAGCUUUCAGAUUUAUUCGAUAAGGUGUUGCUCUGCACCGAAAAUGGUGGGGCUAUGUGUUCUGGCGAUGGAUCUGGGGAGACCGGGCUGAGGAAAGACAUACAGCUACAAAGGAACAAGCGCGGUUCCAAUAGGGGUAGGGUUCGUGGUAAGAAGCAGGGAAGCAAGAAAACUGUUGACUUGAGAACUCUUCUGAUUCUCUGUGCACAAGCUAUCUCUACUAGUGAUUUCAGGACUGCUAAUGAAUUGUUAAAGCAGAUUAGAGAGAACUCUUCUCCUUUUGGGGAUGCCUCUCAAAGAUUGGCCCAUUACUUUGCCAAUGGGCUGGGGGCACGAUUGGUGGGCAACAACAUUCGAACGCAAGACUUUUAUUCUACUGUUGUUGCCAGGACGACUUCAGCUGCUGAUGUCUUGAAAUAUUACCACCUUCACAUUUCAACAUGCCCGUUUAAGCAGUUCUCCAUGUUCUUUGCCAAUUUCAUGAUUUUUAAAUUUGCAGAGAAAGCCACUACCCUCCACAUAAUUGAUUUCGGCAUUGCAUUCGGUUUUCAAUGGCCAAUCCUCAUACAGAAGCUCUCUUCUCGAUCAGAAGGGCCUUGUAGAUUACGCAUCACAGGGAUAGAGCUUCCACAGGCUGGUUUGCGCCCGGCAGAAAGACUAGAGGAGACAGGUCGCCGUUUGAAAAAGUAUUGUGAGCGUUUUGAUGUCCCUUUUGAAUUCAAUUUCAUAGCAUCAAGGAAUUGGGAAUCCAUCAAACUUGCGGAUCUCAAGAUUCAACGCCAUGAGACAGUUGCUGUGAAUUGUUUAGAUCGGUUUAAGAAUCUCCUUGAUGAGACAGUUGAGGACAACAAUCCACGUGAUGCUGUGUUAGAACUAAUUCGGGAAAUUAAACCGGAUAUUUUUGUUCAUGCUGUAUGUAACGGCUCCUACAAUGCGCCCUUUUUUGCGACAAGAUUCCGAGAGGCACUUUUUCAUUUUUCUACAGGGUAUGAUAUGCUUGAUGCUACCAUUGAUCGUGACAAUGAAGAUAGGUUGGUUAUGGAGAGAGAGUUCCAUGGACGGGAAAUUAUGAAUGUCAUAGCAUGUGAAGGUUUGGAAAGGAUUGAGAGGCCAGAAACGUACAGGCAAUGGCAGGUUCGUCAUGUGAGGGCUGGGUUUAAGGCGCCUCCCCUGGACCAAGAUUUCAUGAAGUUAUUCAGGGGUAAGAUGAAGGCAUGGUACCACAAGGACUUUGUGCUUGAUGAAGAUGGCAACUGGAUGCUGCAAGGUUGGAGAGGUCGGAUUUUUUAUGGCUCCUCCUGUUGGGUGCCUACUUAAGAUGCAUAAAAAAGAAUGUUUUCUGUCAUGACCUGUACGUUACAGGGAUUCUCCCUGAGUUUACUGGUCAAGGAUUCGUAUUAAGGUAGCUCAGAAUGUAUUUAUUUCCGGUUCCUCCAUUUGUUCAUGUAUCUUUUACUUGCAAACAAUCUUGAAUCUGGAAUGUGUUCGCUUAUAAUUCUCAAGAUGGGAAGAUGCAAUUUGCGGCUUCUACGCGGCACCGCAUUGUGAAUUAUGC